ACAGACUCCACAAACCCUGCAAUCCCUUUGAGACGAGGAACGAUCAAACAUGUUUCAAGAAGUUUCCCAAACCGCGUUACCAUCCACUCUACCUGCCUCGUUGGCCAAAAGGAGGAGAGUGGAAGGGGGAUUUCAAAGAACUUGUCGUCUGGACAUCGCCAAACCUCAAAGUCUUCUGCAUGUGUGCGGGACAACUUUGAAGGCGAACCUGAACAGGAGUGCUCCUCCCAGCUCCAAGUUCUUCUCGCUGAACUGCACUGCAAAUGUUCAGUACACCAUCAACCCCCCUCCCCAGGAGGUGUCCCACCGCUCUCACAUCCCUCUCAACGGAAACUCCGUCCUGCUCAUCAGGAUGAAGAGUGCCAGUCUGACUGAAAAUGACAACAAGCUGUCUGUCCGCUACUACGGAGAGGACAAGACGGUCUUAGGGACAGCUGUUUUGCACCUGACAGCUGUUGAGAUUUCUCUGGACGUGGACGCCGACAGGGACGGCACGGUGGAGAGAAACCACCCCAAUAAGGGAACGUGGGAGUGGGGUCCCAACGGACAUGGAGCCAUCCUGUUGGUCAACUGUGACUCAGAGAAGAGCUACCUUAAGAAACUGGACAGUGAAGUGGACCGCAUCGCCAAGGUCUCGGAUUUGAAGGACAUGUCACUCAUGGUGCUGCGGACGAGAGGCCCGGCCCGACUCCCGGAGGGAUACAAGCUCACCAUGCACAUCUCUCAGGGAGAUGCAGAGAGUAUCAGAGUGUUCCGACCCAGAUCCAGUGAAGUGUCCAAUAAUACGCUGCAGAAACUGUUCAGUUACUUCGUGAAGGACUACCCUCUGGUGCUGAGCAGCGAGGUCCUAUCGCAGCAGGUGCCGUACCUCGGGGGCACAGCGGAGAUGAACUUUUAUGUGGAGGGCCUCAACUUUCCCGACAAAGACUUCGAUGGGCUCAUCAGCAUUAACCUCAGUUUGCUCGAGCCCAUCUGUCCUGGGCUUCCAGAGACGCCCAUUUUCACAGACAAAGUGGUGUUCAGAGUGGCGCCCUGGAUCAUGACACCCAACACCCUCCAGCCUGUAGAGGUGUUUGUCUGCAGUACGUCGGAUAACUACCAGUUCUUAAAGGGGAUGAAGAACCUUGUUGCAGAGAGCGGCUACAAGCUGAAGAUCUGCCACGAGUAUGUGAACCGAGGAGACCGCUGGAUGCAGGACGAGCUGGAAUUCGGCUACAUCGAUUCCCCCCAUCACCGGUUUCCCGUCGUUCUGGAUUCCCCGAGAGAUGGCGCUCUCCUGGAUUUUCCGUAUGAUGAGCUACUGGGCCCCGACUUUGGCUACGUGACCAGGAUAGCCCACAGAAGAGAUGUGAGCAGUCUGGACUCCUUCGGUAACCUGGAAGUCAGCCCUCCUGUCACUGUGAACGGGAAAAAGUACCCACUGGGCCGGAUCAUCAUCGGGGUCGCGUUCCCUACCGCGACUAAAGGACGAAACAUGACCAAAGUAGUCCAGGACUUCCUGUGGGCCCAGAAGGUCCAGGAGCCCAUCGCCUUAUUUUCCGACUGGCUUCUUGUCGGCCACGUGGACGAGUUCAUGACCUUUGUUCCUGCACCUGACAGAAAGGGGUUCCGGCUGCUGCUGGCAAGCCCGGACGCCGGCUACAAACUAUUCAGAGGCUUACAGAACAGUGGACACGGACAAGCCAAACUGUUCGAGGGUCUGAAAGAUGAAGAGACCAAAACAGUGGAUGAGAUCCUCGAUGACGAAGGUCUCCGAGCUGAAAAUAACUAUGUACAGAGCUGCAUCGACUGGAACAGAGAUGUCCUGAAGAGAGAGCUGGGCCUGGAUGAUGAUGACAUCAUUGACCUGCCCAUACUCUUCAAGCUGCUGAAGGAGGGAGACGAGGAGGAGGAGGAGGAGGAGGAGGAGAAGGAGGAGGAAGAGGAGGCGGAGGAGGAGGAGGAGGAGGCAGAGGAAGAGGAGGAGGAGGAGGAGUACAGAGCAGUGGCCUACUACCCUGACAUGGUGAACAUGAUCGUCUUGGGGAAGAACCUGGGCAUCCCCAAGCCCUUCGGCCCCAAGGUGAACGGACGCUGCGCGCUGGAGGCCGAGAUGUGCUCGCUGAUGGAGGGCCUGGGCCUCCGCUGCACGUUCAUCGACGACUUCGCCUCCUACCACAAGCUGCUGGGAGAGGUGCACUGCGGCUCCAACGUCCGCCGGGAGCCGUUCGACUUCAAGUGGUGGAAUCUGGAGUGGUAAAGGGAGACUGAGCGGACGCGUUUAAGCAUUUCAGUGACAGUCGCCUGCGAGGUAAAACGCCAUGCAGAAGCACAGUAAAGCCUCGCAAAAACUACAAUUUACCCUUUCAGUUAACAAAGUGCCAGCUUCAGCGAUUCUCCUCCCGGGACUGGGAAGUCUUCGUUUCACCUCUUGAAAGUUACAUGUGACCAACAAUAGUAUGAGCUGAUCACUUUGGAUUUAUACUAUCUCCCCACAACUGUGGCAGGGUGGAAAGUGGACGGUGAUCAGCAUCGUACAUCCAUGGCUCACUUCCUGCGAAACCUCACAUCUGGAAAGAAGAUUUAUUACCUGAAAAGGAAUAGUGGAUUUGGCCUUUAAGGCUCCAAACGCAGAUAAAAGGAAGAGGUAAUUACAGACCAUUAAUCCACUGUGAUGGUUGUAGCUUAACGAGGCUGAAUAUGGAUUUCAUGGAAAUCUUAAGGAUUACAGUUUAGACAGAUGAAGGGUUUUAAUUGCACCCUUUUUUGGG